AUGUCCACCGCCAGCAACCUAGUACGGAACUCCCAAGUCGCCCGUGGGGCACUGCGCGGUCCACAGCGCAUAGCGGCGAAGCGAAGCUCGCGGUCAAUGCACACAGCAGUGACCCGACGAAUCCCAGCGACACUCUCAGCGCCCUCGCAUGCGCAUCUGGUGCCGGAUGCGCACCAAGGGGCAGUGACAAGGUUUCGCAGAUGCGUCGCAACGUCUUCAAAGAAAGCCUCCCAAAAGCCAAAAUUCACCUUUCGCGCGAAUACAUCGAGACGGAAUCCGCCAUACUCGACCCAGAUAGACUCAGUGGCGCCGACCGCUAGCACAUCUCAUGUCCCGCUAUUUCCGCAUCCUUAUACCUUUCAUAUCGGCGCAAGCUGGGCUGGCAAGCCGGCCGCGGCGGAUUCGAUGAUCAAGGUACCUUUUCCUCCAGAUAGUAUCAUUGGGAAAUGGAGGGACACUACGCUUUCAUGGCCAAAGUCAUCCGGAUCAAAGGAUGCUGGGGAGGACUUCUUUUUCAUACAAGAGUUCUCGGAGGGCGUUGCGUUCGGUGUAGCUGACGGUGUGGGAGGUUGGGUUGACUCUGGCGUUGACCCGUCUUUGUUCUCGCAAGCAUUGAUGUACCAUGCACACCGUUAUGCGCGGAAUGCGUGGGCAGGUGAACCAGAGGUAGAUCCCACACUCGACUAUGAAGAACGGGAACAGAUCGAGGGAUGGGAGAUGACACCGAUAGAGUGCUUGGAUCUGGCCUACGGUGGCGUGCUGCGCGAGCGGUUUGUGAACGCCGGUUCCAGCACUGCCUGCUUGGUUACUCUGAACGCGUCCUCUGGUUUGCUUCGAUCCGCUAAUCUUGGUGACAGCGGAUUCUCAAUCAUCCGCUCUUCCAACGUCAUCUAUAAACAACCGGUGCAAACGCACUUCUUCAACUGCCCCAAGCAGCUGACCAAAAUGCCAUCAGGUUCUCGCAAGCGCUUUACGCGGGCUUGCGUAGACUCUCCCCGAGAAGCAGAGACGUAUCAAACUCGGCUUCGCGACGGGGAUAUUGUCAUCGCAUACACGGACGGGCUUGCUGAUAAUGUCUUCCCAUCUGAGAUGUCUACGAUUUGCUCCCUAGUAGCGCGCUCGGGAGGAAGUGAGGACGAGCAAGUGCAGGCCAUGGCUGAUAGGAUCGUCGACUACGCGAGGAAGUGCAUGAAGAAUAAAACUCGUGUGAGCCCGUUCGAGAGAGAAGCUGCUAGACAAGGAAUAUUCUUCCAAGGAGGGAAACCUGACGACGUCACCGUCGUUGUUGCCCUCGUUAGAGAGACUUCAUGA